AUGCCAUCUAACUUCAGAGCCUCGCGCUCAGGGCGUCACCUCGACAACGCUAAUCGUUCCCGAACCGGCCAAAUCGACCACGAUGUCUUUGAGGGCCUGCCUGUCCGCCGCUGGUCGCGCCAGCCACACACCAUCUCCCAGGCACCAAAAAGCGAAGACCCCGAGCUAGGUGAUGGUCCUGGCGGAAAUACCGCGCUGCCAGAGCUGCCCAUGCCACGAGACAGUCAGCUUCUACCGGCCAUGAGUCGGGCACUUUUGCGCGCUGCGCGCGCAGGCUGCAUCUACAUUCGCCCAACUGGUCGGGCAGUUGAAAAGGAGAAGGAGGAAGGGACAGAUGGGGAGGAUCAGGGUGCAACCGUCCACAUGGCGGAUCGCAGCUUCACGAACCGCAAGUGGACGACCCUGCCUAAGCAUUUGGAGCCUGCGGAGGUGGAAUUUCUGGCGAAGAGACGGCCUGGGUUGUCCUCGCUGUAUGGCAAUGGUGCGGAGGGCGGCGCGAUACCGGGCCCCAUGAGGAAGACCAAAAUCAAGAGAACUGAUCCUGCGACUGGUAGCAUCUCUAUUUACGAGGUUUGGGUGCCGGAGGGACAUCGCAUUGAGGGCGAGAUCACCGGUGACGUCCAGACUAUCGCUGAGCAAAGUCAAGUUCCCGUGACGGCGGAGACGCCCGCUCCUGGAACAGUUGUGGAGGGCGUCGGCGUCGUCAAUGCGGAGGGUGUAGUUGUUGCCGAGGCUGGCUCGGCUGCUGUCAUGACACCUCCCAAGCGCCGACCGCCUCCUCCGAAGCGCAAGGGUAAGGGCAUCGGCAAAGGCCGGAAGAAGAAGGUCAUGUUCGCACCUGGUGAAGGGGCCGAUGCUGCAACAGUACACGGCGUUGCUCCUGCUGACGGGGCUGUUGCCGGCGCCAGGGAGGGUGAGGAUGCCUCGCGAAUGUCAGUGGACCAGUCUGGUCAAGAUGAGGAUGAGGAUGACGGUGAAGAAGGUGACGAGAGUGACGAGGGUGAUGAGUCCAUGAUGGACGCAAAGACCCCAGAGACGCCCCAGGCUGCACCGAGCAAUGAGCUCGUCGAGCAACCUGCCGCCGAGACUCCUGCCGCCGAGACUCCUGCAGAGCAAUCAAACGAUGUUGAAAUGGCUGAUGUUCUUCCCGCUACACAACCUCCAGCUUCAGAGCCGGCUGUUGCUGCCGAAGAACCACCUCUCCAGCCACCGACGGCAUCUACAGUCCAAGCUGAGACCCCUCCAUCAGAUGCUGAGGUUUCUGCUUCUAUCUCUGCAUCUGCAACACCCGCCGUCUUUGCUGAAGAUGUUAAAGUACCAAGUGAGCCACUUUCACAGAGUGCAUCAUUAGAGCCGCCCGCUCCUACAGAAUCUCUUGCGGCUGAGGUCCAAUCAACAACCGAGCCAACUCCAAAGGAAGAAUCGCAAGCCCCAGAGUCUGCUGAGGAGGAGAAGCCCGCUCAGGCGACCACCGACAUCACGCCAGUCGAGAUCAAGCCAGAAUCAACACCGAAACCUGAUGAAAGCAGUAUCCCGGCUCCCGUAUCUGCAAGCCCUGAGAAGCCCGAAGAAACACCAUCAGAACCUCCUAAGCAGCCAGAAGUGGAGCAACGAGUGGAGGAGGUGUCUACACCACAGCCCGAACCAGUAGUUGAAGAAUCGGCACAGCCCUCAAUUGAAGAGUCCAAACCUGCUGUCGAACCGCUUUCGGCUCCCGAGGCCACGGAAUCCCAACAGGCUCCAAGUGCGUCCGAGCCUGUUCCCGAGGCAACAGAUAUCAAGGAGGACAUUGAAAUGGGAGAUGCGCCUCCCGCAGCGGAAACUAUCCCAACUCAGUCCCCUGUCAAAGAACCAUCUCCAUUGCCAGCUGCACCAGUGGAGACCGAGCCUGAAACUAAGUCUGAGCCCGAGCCCGAGCCCGAGCCCGAGGCCCGCCACAGCUCAGACGGCGGAACCUUCUGUGCAGGACCCAGUCGUACCUGA